AUGUCUCUCAUCAACGUCCGCCGCGAUGUCAGCGAUCCCUUCUAUCGUUACAAGAUGGAACGGAUCCAGACCAAGAUCGAGGGCAAGGGUAACGGUAUCAAGACCGUCGUUGUCAACCUGCCUAGCGUGGCUCAGUCGCUCGCCCGCCCUGGUGCUCAUGUCAUCAAGUACUUUGGUUUCGAGCUGGGUGCUCAGACCAACAUUGAUCCCAAGGACGACCGUUGGAUCAUCAACGGCGCCCACGAUUCCCAGAAGCUGCAGGAGCACCUGGAUGGCUUCAUCAACAAGUUCGUUCUCUGCAAGAAGUGCAAGAACCCUGAGACCAUUGUCAAUGUCAAGGAUGGUCGCAUCCACCUGGAUUGCAAGGCUUGUGGUGAGCUCUCCGAGGUCGAUCUGCGCCUGAAGCUCAGUGGUUUCAUCCUGAAGAACCAGCCCAAGAAAAGCAAGAAGGACAAGGCCGAGCGUAAGGCUGCUCGCAAGGCUAAGCAGAAUGGCACGGCCGGCGAGAACGGCAACGGCCACGGUAGUGGUGAGGACGACGGCUCUGAGCAAGGCUCCAAUGGCAAAGACGACGACGAUGUCGUCAGCGACGACGAAUUGCAGAAGAUGCAGGCUGAGGCUCCCACGAUCGACGCUAAUGCCGAGGUUAAGGACGAUGAUUGGGCUGUUGAUGUCAGCGAAGAGGCCGUCAAAGCUCGCCAGGCUAAGCUUCCCGGCGAGCUGAGGCAGAAGCUCACCCUGGCGGACGAGGACGAUGAGGAGGGUGGCAGCACUGUCUACGAUGAUCUGGGCAACUGGAUCGCGGCUCAAGCCGAAGAGAAGGGGUCCGUCGACGAGAUUGAUUCGAUCGAUAUCUACCUCAAGGCCAAGGAGCUCGGCAUCGAGUCCAAGCACCGUACUGUCCAGGUUCUGGCUCAGACUCUGUUUGACGAGAACAUCACGACCCAGAUCCCCAAGCGCCAGUCUAUGCUCAAGCAGUGCAUCACGAGCGAUCGCCACGAGAAGGCCCUGCUUGGUGGAACCGAGCGUCUCUUGGGCAACCUUGCUCAGAAGGACCCCGAGAUCUACACCCAGGUCACCAAGAUCCUGCAGCUCUACUAUCACUUCGACCUCAUCAGCGAGGAGGUGGUCACCAAAUGGGGCGCCAAGGCUUCCAAGCGCUACACUGACGUUUCUGUGUCCAAGAAGGUCCGCAAGGCUGCCGCUCCCUUCCUGCAGUGGCUCGAAGAGGCUGAGUCCGAGGAAGAGGAAUCUGACGACGAGUAA